AUGGAAGAGAAGGGAAAAGAGAAUGGAAUAGCAGCCAUGGCAGCCUGCUACCAGAGAUUUGACCCUGCAGCGUAUCUGCAAUACAACUACACUCCACCGCGGGCUGAUUUUGAAAGAAACGACAGCAUUGUGCCAUGGAAACUGGCAUGCCUCCACAGAGCUUUCACUGAAGGAGAUGUGAAUGGUGAGCUGCUGGUGGACAUAGGUUCAGGUCCAACUCUGUAUCAAGUGCUGAGUGGCUGUGAGGUUUUCAGCAAGGUGCUCCUCACAGACUUUCUUGAGGUCAACAGGCAGGAGCUGAGGCGCUGGCUCCAGGAUGAGGAAGGCUGCAACCUGGACUGGACACCGUACCUGCAGCAUGUAUGCAAGCUGGAGGGAAAACGGCCUUCAGCAUGGAUGGAGAAAGCUGCCAAGCUACGUCAGGUCAUCAUGGACAUCCUCCCGAUUGAUGUGCACCGUCCUCAUCCUCUGGCCCCUGAUGCCCUUCCUUCAGCAGGGGCCGACUGUCUUGUGUCCUGCUUCUGUCUGGAGAGCGUCAGCCCUGACCUGGCUGCUUUCACCAGGGCCUUGGGCCACAUUGGAAGGCUCCUGCGACCCGGUGGCCACCUCCUGCUCAUUGGAGCCCUGGGAGAGAGUUACUAUUUUGGGGGGCCUGGGGUAAAGAUCCCUGUGGUCCCACUCAAUGAGGCCCAGGUCUGUGCUAGUUUGAAGGAGAGUGGCUUCACCCUGAUCCGGCUGGAGGUUUACACACUGCCUCAGGACAUGAGGGUCGGGGUCGAUGAUGUGACUGGGGUGUUUUUUGUAAAGGCUAGAAAAGACUAA